AAUUUUAUUCUGCAUUCGCGAAAAAUUCUGUUAUCGUAAAAGCAACCUACGCUUUUGCUCAGCGCUGCGUUUGCAAAGGAAGAUUCGAUGUCGAGCACAGACCGCCCUCUGCCGAAGUUUGGCGAAUGGGAUGUUAAUGAUCCUUCUUCUGCUGAGAGUUUCACAGUGAUCUUCAACAAAGCUAGAGAUGAGAGGAAAACUGGCAGUAAUGCCCAAGGAUCUGACUCUCCUGCAAAGGAUCUCUCUUCUGACAAACAGGGAACUUCAUAUACCUCUUCAAAGCAUAGCUCUAAAAAAUGGCUUUGCUGCUGUAGUUCAACACCAGCUCAAUCCUGAUCAUCAUACAAUGAUUUAGAAUUGUAAAGUGCUGCUAUCAAUGUGCUUUCUUUUUCUUCCUACGUUCCUAAAUGAUCGCUGACCUUGAAGUGCCGGGGCAGGAGCUUCUCCUCUUUUCAACUUUGCGUGUAAUGUAGUUGAGGUUUCCUGAGUGGGAAGCGGCUAUGUUCCAACAACUACUUGCAGAUUGUUUUUUUGAGAAAUUUCUCAAACAUAAAUUUAUUUUUUAUAAACAAAUUAUUUUUUUAUUUUCAAAUUCCCAAAUAAGAUUGGAGUGUUAAAAGUUGAAAUGGGUUCAAUCAUGAGCCAGCUCUUGCGCAUAAUUGGCCUAAACUAAUGGUUGAGACAUGGAAUUGUGGA